GUGACGGCGGCCUCCGUGGCGGCAAGGCGACUCACAUGAGGACCCCGGCAGACCACCCCAUCUGAUACCGUGAACACAACUCAUCGGCCAGCAUGUGGUGCAGGGUAUCCACUUGCUGCUGCAUCACGAAUCUGCGGCUGGCCACGCUCAUCAUUGCUGUCCUCAGUUUGAUGGGCAACGUUGGGGUACUUGCCUACACGUCGUGGAGCAUCAAUAUGAGCGGGCCGGCCUUGCAGCAGCUGCUCAAAGAAGGCGGUUCGACGGAAAAGGACUUGGAGCUAGUGAGCAGCUACAGAGUCGGUAUGGCGAUUAUAUCGGUUAUCUUGGUGCUGUCCAUCGCUGCCAUUCUCCUAGACGUCGUGCUGUUCUUUGGAGCUUUUAGAUGUAGUAGAUGUAGGAUCAAGAACGUGUGA